AUGGUAAAGUUUGUAAAACAUCUUAAGUCAGCUGUGUAUACUAUACUCUAAUGUUGAUAUUAUUUAGAAUGUAGAAAAGAGCACAGUUGUCAGUCGUUUUUAUUAUUCUAUUAUAUGGAAUUUUUAUUUAUUUUGUUUAAAAGUUUCAAAUUACAAUACACAAUUAUAAUUUAUCUUAAAAACGUAUAAGUAAGCAGCGAUUUCCAAAAACGUAGAGAACUAUCAGCAAUCGAGUUUGAAAACAAUUUUAGCUUCGUAUGCAGAAUGUUCAGUUGAGUGUAGACGGCAGAUUCUGACGGUUCUGUUAACUGAUUCUCAAUGUUCCUUACAUUAUUUUCGGUUCAUACUUCUUAUCUUACUAUCAUACGUAUCAUAUGAUAUUAUUAAACGAUAAGAAAGUAUUGCUAUCAAAUGAGAAAACACCAAAACCAUUACAGGCCUUACUCUGAGUUUAAGGACUAUGACCAAAACAAUAGCAGUGAUAGUUAAUGAUAGCCAAUAGGAAUAUUAUAUUUUUUUUCUUCGAUACGAAUUAGUUAUUAUGCGAGUAGACUGUGUUUGUUCAUGGUUCAUUAUGUUUUGAAAUCCAUUGCCUUAUAAAGUAAUAGAAACGUAUAGAAUGAAGGAAUUAUUAUUAUGCAGUAUGUACAUAAAAUGUUGCAGUUGAAUUUCUUGAUUGUUAACAAUUAAUAAUGAUAAAUUUAACUGUUUAAAAGUAAAAAUGAAUUUGAACAACUCGUUGUUAGGUAGGUCCAUUAUAAGCAGAAAAUAAACAACAUUCUCUGCCGAAACAGGCAACAAAAAUUUGGCAAAUAGUUAGGUAACCCAUGUUCUUACUAAAUUAUUCAUACAGUUUUGUACAAUAUGAUUCCAGGAGCUGUGUGCAAAGCAUUAACACUUUUAUUUGGUGUAAUGUAUCCAGCAUAUGCAUCAUACAAGACAGUGAAAAACAAAAACGUGAAAAAUUAUGUUAAGUGGAUGAUGUAUUGGAUAGUUUUUGCAGCAUUCAUUUGCAUCGAAAGCUUAACUGAUAUAUUCCUUGAAUUUUGGUUCCCGUUUUAUUAUGAUAUUAAAUUGCUCGUACUGUUAUGGAUUUCUUGUCCAUUUACAAAAGGUUCAACAAUUUUAUACAAACAACUAGUACAUCCAACUUUGUUGAAAAAAGAAACGGAUAUUGAUGAAUUUUUGGUCAAUGUUAAAUCACGUACCUAUAAUGCUUUAGCUUCAACCGCCAAACAAACAUUUCAAAUGACAGCUGCAAUUGUUGCCCAACAUACAGUAGUUGGGCGUAUGCCAAUGAUUCUUCAACAAGCGAUUACAUUGGAUGAUGAAUAUUUACCCCAAAAUCCAGCAGCUGUCAUAAGAAAAGUGAAAAAAAAGAAACCUACAACCAUUAUUAUAGAAGAUUAUGUAUCAGAUUCUUCUUCUGACUCAUUGCCAAUAGAAUCUACUGUUGUUAUUGAAGAUGUGCCCAUUCAGAGACCUAAACGUAGUAAAGUGCAAUAUCAACAAAAAUCUAGUACAUUAAUAAAUAAGAGACAGUCAUUUAAAAUGACUAUUAUACUAUGUUCCAUUACAAAAAUAUUUUGUCAUUACAAUAAAUCUUAAUCAUGUAACAAAAAUAUAUCACAGUCCAUGACAA